AUGGGUGUGCCACCACCGAUCAUGCCGAACUGGGCCAUCGAACGAAACGAAGGUGUAUGUUCCAGCUCGAAAAGUCUCCUUCUUCGAGAGUCGAACCUCGCAAAGUCGGCCGUGUUUGCGCUCAGCUACUUCUGGCUGCGCGACAUGGGUACCGUGAAGGGCAAGGUUUACGAACUUAACAUCGGUCACUGUAGUGUUGUCCAGUGGGAGCAGUACUAUCGCGACGUCUGCGCCGAGCAUUACAGAAGGAAUCCUCCAGUUAUUGGUGGGUUCGGAUGUACAGUGGAGAUUGACAUAACGCUGGUGGCGAGAAGGAACUAA